AUGACCACCACUCAGCAGGACGGGCCCAACAUGACCACCACUCAGCAGGACGGACCCAACAUGACCACCACUCAGCAGGACGGGCCCAACAUGACCACCACUCAGCAGGACGGGCCCAACAUGACCACCACUCAGCAGGACGGACCCAACAUGACCACCACUCAGCAGGACGGACCCAACAUGACCACCACUCAGGAGGACGGACCCAACAUGACCACCACUCAGCAGGACGGACCCAACAUGACCACCACUCAGGAGGACGGACCCAACAUGACCACCACUCAGGAGGACGGACCCAACAUGACCACCACUCAGCAGGACGGACCCAACAUGACCACCACUCAGGAGGACGGACCCAACAUGACCACCACUCAGCAGGACGGACCCAACAUGACCACCACUCAGGAGGACGGACCCAACAUGACCACCACUCAGGAGGACGGACCCAACAUGACCACCACUCAGCAGGACGGACCCAACAUGACCACCACUCAGGAGGACGGACCCAACAUGACCACCACUCAGGAGGACGGACCCAACAUGACCACCACUCAGCAGGACGGACCCAACAUGACCACCACUCAGGAGGACGGACCCAACAUGCAACAAGACCUGUGA